CCUGCCAGAGGGCCAUGUGGUGCAGCAAGAUGGCGGCGCGGUGGAUGGGGAAAGAAGCGGAAUUAAACGCCGACGGCAGCGACUUCCUGACCCACAGCUUUCACCACGAGUCGCUCCUGAGCAGAGGUGAUGUCGACGCCAUGGACUCACAGUCCUGUGCUGAUCACUCCAUCCUGUCCAUUUUUGAGGACGCCACAGUCAUAACAGAGGACAAGAGUGGAGUGGAGGAAGAGAGCGAGUCCCUGCUGUCGGCCCUAACUGAGAUGCUGGACAGUGUGGGGGAUGACGAGGGGACGCUAUCUCCCUUCGAUGUUCUGCCUGACACUAAGCUCCUCUCCCAGCAGAGGUGCAGGGACAACCCAGUGGUCAUAUCACUCAGACCCACAGCGCAACCCACAUCACCAAACGUAACCUUCUCUAUAAAGACGGAUGGAAACAAGGAAGAUGAGAACAAAAUUCAUCUGCUCACACAACAAAGUCCAAUAUUGUUAAAGUCCAAAUCAAGGGCAGAUAAUGAAGUCGAGGUCUUCACCUCCACCUCUUUGGUCAACCUGGUGAGGCUCAUGCACCCCUACUGUCUGAAGCUCUACGUGGAGGAGGGGAGUAAAGAGAGGAAAGACCACACGCUGUUCUCCCAAGAGGAGGUGUGGAGGUACGAGAGGCCCACAGAAGAGAACGAUGAAGAGAUAAAUGUGGUGUCUGACGAUGAGGAACCUGUGAAAGAGAUGAAGGGGAAAGAGGAGAAAAAAGAUGGGAAACCUCUAAGGAGUGUGUUGCUGAAUGGAAACUCACAGAGAGCACCAUCAUCCAGAGAGAAGAAAAGAGUGAGCUUCGGCCCCGUUCAAGUGGUUUCUUUUAAUGAACCAGUAGAAAAGAGACUGAAUGAGACAAAUCUAACAAGUGGGAACACAAGUGAGACUGUGUCAGUUCCACUAAACAGCAGUGAAGCACUUGGAAACUUAGCAGAGUCGACACUUGAACCUCAGACAGAAAUGAACAGUGACAAGGCAAACGAUCUGCCAGCUAAAGGUGAGACAAAGGCCAAAUCACUGAGUCUCCAACAGUACAGACAGCUUCGCCAGAAGAGACAGCCCCUGGUGGAGAAACAGGCAAACAACACAACCAAGUGGCCCUCUGUUGCUGAGCCCCCCAAGGAGUUGACCCCCAUCUUCAAUUUACAUGGACAAAGACAAAGCAGCUGUGGACCAAAGACUGUAUCCCAUCAUGCAUCUCUGUCGAUGAGGCCCCCAGAGGUAAAACCAUCCUCUCAUCUACAUCACAGAGGAUUAAAGCGCCCAAGACCUGAAGCCAAAACCAUCUCGCCUGCCAGUCCACUGCCGGACAACCCGACUGACCCAAAUGGGAAAGUGCCUGAAGGCACAAGAAGUCCAGCAAAGAAACCAACAUUGAUUAGUAUUGAUCCCCCAAAUCCUGUCCUCGUUCCCCUGCCGGUCAGCCAAACAGCUCCACCAUCCACUGCCCCCUCCUCAUCAGAGUCCAAAGUGGAGUUCCACAGCACCAACUCCGACCUCGACUGCACCACACACUUGCACAAAAGCCAAAAUAAAACCUCAGCAACACCUCUUCAAAGACAGCCAUCCUCUUCAGAGCCACAGCCCCGGGUGUUGUUCGUAAGCCAGGAUGGCACCGCACGGCUUCAGGAAAUUAAACACAACUUUACCCAGAUCGUUUCAGAUCUCUCCUCUGCACCGUUAUCACUGUGUCCCGCUACAACACAAACUGAACCUGCCUCAGAGUGCCAUAAACCACAGCCACAAACACCCAGACUGAGUCCGACUAAACAAACCGUGCUGGAACCAAAGACUCCUCAGGCACCAAGUGCAGAUACAGUGAUGCUAAUAAAGUGUCCUUCCUCCACGCCACCCUCUGCUCUGCCACCAUCUCAAAUAGAUGUUCCCACACCGAUAAAGAAGAAGGUACCAGAGAUAUCCCAGAGUACUUCUUCUCCAGAGGAAACUCCAUCCUCUCUUCAGGUUGGCUGCAGAGCACAGAAUGCAGCUUCCGACUCAGGGAUUGAAGCCCCUGAUGUGACCAGUCUGCUGGAGCAGUUCGAGGAAACACAAGCUAAAGAGGAGAGAGUUUGUGAGAAUGAGCCCGAUCUCAGCAGCACCACUCUACUUUCAAACCUGCCAACAGAUGGAUGCAUGCAGCCGGUCAGAAACCUGCCUGUAGGACCAGAAUCCAGAUUACUCCCGAGCCCCUCUGUGGAAGCACUUGAACCGUUAAGUAAUUCUGAAUCCUCCAGGACUCUGAAACCCCUCAGGAAUCUGCCACAACUCCAGAUGUCAGAGCGCGUGGACAUCCCCGAGCCCCUCGGCACUGAAAUCAUCCUCAGCUCUCAGCAGGGGCAGCCUGCGAGACGCAAAAAACCUCCAUCCAAGGCCAUUCAGAUCAUAGACCCCCGUCCUCUACGGUCCAGGAAGACUCACAUCAGCACUUCAGAGGCCCCUGCUGCUCACACCCCCCCUCACAUGUAUUUAUUUGUAUGCUCUGAUCACGAUUACUGUGGCUCUGUGGAUCAUUUAUUAACAAGUGGUGCUCACCGAAACAGAGUUAGACCCUCUUCACUUCAGGAUAUUUCUCAAAUAACUCAGGAAUUGCAGGUGACACCUCUCCACUCAGGUGCUGCUGCUGAAUCAAAAACACAGACCUCGACUGGACAAACAAAGCCUGCGUCGCAGCAUCACUCUGAGCAACGCACCAACAGGUCAGAGACAAACCCAUCCACAUGCACAGGUCUGCAGUUUUCAGAUGGUGGUGCAAGUGAAAAGCAGGCGGCCCCAUGCACCCUCCCUACACCUCCACCCAGUCCUCCUGACAGAGGAAGGGACAAGAGGAGGUAUAUGAGAAGAUCACCCAUAUCUGACUCCAGCUCCAGCUCAUGUCGCUCCUCUUCCUCCUCGUCUUCUUCCUCCAGCUCUGCAUCUCGAUCUCCAAAGAGACAGAGGCUCCAUCACAGGCGUUCUGAGAGCAGUUCAUGUUCUUCAUCCCCCUGCCGCUCCAUUUCUCACUCACCGCCUCGCCGCUACAGGCUGUCUUACUCCAGAUCGAGAUGCAGCAGGUCAAGAUCUAGAUCGUGGUCCCAGUCCAGAUCCCGAUCACCAUCCCCAAAGAUUUGCCAAAGGCAGUGGAAAGAUGUUUACAGCAGAGAGUCCAAGAAGCUGAGGAGGGAGCAUGAGAUCAGGAUCCAGAAACUUAAAGCCAUAGACGAGCGCAGGGUGGUGUAUGUCGGCCGUAUCCGCAGGUCGAUGACACAUGAAGAACUGAGAGAGCGCUUCUCUCAGUUUGGAGAGGUGGAGUGUGUGACGCUUCACUUCAGAGACAGAGGCGACCACUACGGCUUUGUCACGUUUUACAACAUGAAAGAUGCUUUUGCAGCCAUUGAGAACGGCGGCAAACUACGGAAGCCUGAUGAGCUGCCGUUUGACAUCUGCUUCGGUGGGAGGAGACAGUUCUGUAAUUCAAACUACUCUGAUCUAGACGCGAACAGAGACGCAGAGCCGUCUCCUGCCAAGAGCAGGUUUGAGGACCUGGACUUUGAUUCGUUGCUGAAACAGGCCCAGAGAGGACUGAAGAGGUAGCAGAGCACCGGGCCCAGGAUGAGCCGACGACAAAAAGAACAUUUGUUUUUUUUCAAGAACCUCAGAGCUUUUCAGAGCUCUUUCUUAUGUAGCAAUCCUUUGUAUGUUAGUGCUGUUUUUUUAAUGUUGUGACUUUAAUAUGCAUGCUGGUUUUAUGUGUGCAGUAAAUAUGCUCUUGAAAACAUGUUAUUAAUGGAACAAGUUUUUCAUGCAUUCCAUAAUACUGAUAAAGUUUUAUGUGUAUAUAUAUAUAUA